AUGUGUAACAAGUUCCACAGUUUUAAGGUGGACGAAGACCAGGAUGGUAAAGUCAGUCCACGAGAGUUCAUGCUUAUCUUCCGCUAUGCAGCCACAGGCCAGCUGUCUUGUGCCGAGGUAUUUAACAAACUUGCUGAAUCGGUGGACGUCGCGAAGGAAGGUGUGCAUGCUGCUGCCGAUUUCUUCCAAGCUAAGAUUGAAGAGCAGACGAAACUGAGUAAAUUUGAGGAAGAGAUUCGAGCUGAGCAACAGGAGAGGAAGCAACAGGAAAUAGAAAAGAAGGAACGCCGACAGCAAUUCCUCGCAAAUAAAGCCGUUUUUAUCUGA